GUCUAAAUGUCGAUGAUAGACGGGUGACAGACAUUUCGUGAAUUAUAUUAAAAGUAAACGGUUUUUCAAAAUUACGAAUAUGUAACUCGUAUUUUGUAAAUAUUUCUGAAAAAAUUCAUGGUGAUUUUGCUUCGUGUCAAGCUAAUUUUUUAAUGGAACCAUGAUGUCAAAUAAAUUUUGUACAGGAAAGGAGAUGAAGCAUGAACAUGAAAUAGAUGAUUUAAUAAUGCUAGAGGAUUCUGCUCGUGGAACUUUGUGUGCUAUCCACAAAACAAUCCACUCCACGGAUAACUUCCCGAGUUCCAGACAUAAAAUGAUGAGACUAUGUCCCGUAUCUCGUAAUCCAUCUAUUCAGAAUCACAACAGAGGACCAGUAAAAGUUAAGAAAAAAGGUCGCCCCGCUAGUCCACCAGAUCGGCAGAAAAUGUGCAGGACCAUCCAGAGAAUUCACUCGCCUUGCGCUAGUAUUGUCUCUCAUAAUAUUCAGAUGACUGGAGAUAAUUCUUGUAACAACUCAGAUAUCAAUAAAAUAAACUGUUUCAAUUUGGAAAAGACCAUCAGUUGUCCGGGAAAAAUGUAUCACAUAUCAACUACAUCAAGGCAAAACUGCAAUCUUAGUUCCACAGGCUCUUUGCAUAUAGUAGAUAAGUUUCCUUGCAAUGUUCCCCAUGCCGAUAGUGUCGUAGACGAAUUAAAAGGAGAACUUGAGAAAGUAAAACAUCAAAUUAGUCGCUUAUCAACUCAGAAGUUUCCAACAAGAUGUAAUACACCAACUACGUCCGAAAGUCGCAAAACCUCUCCUAAAUCACAAGAUCAUGAAGGAGCAGUUAACAAAUUAAAAAAUGAAAAUAAAAAAUUGAAAAGAGAACUGGAAGCCAAGAGAAGACUUUUGGAAAGAUCAAAGUGCGAUGUAGAAAGAGCAAAAGACAUUUUAUCCGAUUACGAAAAAAAAGUCUCCCUGUUACACGCCCAAGCAGUAAAAUCAUCGAAAACUAUGAAAUUGAGCAAAGAAAAAUUUUGUCAGUAUUUAAAAGAUCGCGACGAAAAAAUCAAGUACUUGAAAGAGAGUCAAGAAUUGCUGGCGAAGAACGUCAAGCAGAAAGACUCGAUGUUGAAAGAGAAAGACGAAGAAAUAUCAAAUUUAAAUUAUACCUUAGAAGCCAUGAAAAGGGCGUUUUCCGAAACUUCUGAGAAGUGUACAUGUUUGGCCGAAACUAAUCAAAGUUUAUGCGAGUCGGCAGAAGUGUUAAAAAGUCGUCUGAUGACUACGUCUACUGAAAUUGACAAGCACAAGGAAACUAUCAAAGUUUUGGAACAGAAAUUCUGUGAACUUAAUGAUGCCUGUAAAAAAAUUAAUACCAAAGCACGGAAACAGAAGGAAAACUACGACAAUAAAUUAAAAGAUUUCACCGAAGAGAAAAGCAAAAUGGCAGAAAAAAUGUCGGAGUUAUCUACAAAAGUGGACGAAGUGGAUACCCAGAAAAACAUUAUCAAGGAGCUGGAAUGCGAAUGUAAAAAUCUGAGAGAAAAAAUUAAAUCGCUGGAAAAUAUGUCAGACAGAUGCGAAUCUUUGGAACAAGAAUGUAAGAAGCAUUACGAAUCGCUAUUAGAUUCUCAAGUCAGUUUCCACAAAGAAAGAGACGAAAUGAACAAAUUAAUCGACCAACUUACAACAGUGGUGAAAGAUAAUAAAACGACUCUUCAGCACAUGUCUGAAAUCAAUAAACAACAAGAAGAUUUGAUUAAAUCCCAGAGCAUGGCUCUAUUGACUAAGGAGCAACAACUAAAACUGAUUGAGAAGCAAUCAGAGCAAUUUGAAAUCAAAAACAAGGAAUUGGAAAGAGAAUUGGAAGAUUUGAGAAGGAAUUUCUCAGCACCAUGCAGUAAAGAAGCAUGUAUAUGCAUAUCGAAAGAAUUAGAGAAAGUUAAGAGUGUGUUGAAUGCUGAAAAAGACACGAAACUUCUAAAGGAAAAGAUAAUAAACGACCAAUCGCAGACUAUUAUAAAUUUGCAGAAGCAAGUGAGAGAAAAAAUAACGGAAUUGAACAAGGCUCAUGGUGACAUGAAAUACCUCGAAGAUGAGAUUAACUCUAUCAAUGCGAAAUUAAUUAACAAACAUAAGGAGUUGGAUAUCGAAAUCGAUGAGAAGGAAAGUCUUAUCGAGAAGUUACGAGUAUUAGAAUGUCAAAGAAACCAGUUGCAAGAAGAAAUAAAUGACUUUGAAGACAUGUUAAAGGAAUUUAAAACAACUUAUGGGAAUAAUGAAGACCAAGCAAACAUUCUAAAAAAUUUGGAGCAACAAAUUGAAGAACAGAAACGUCAGUGGGAUGCCCAGAAAGAAGAAAUGGUCAGAGAAAAGCAGAAGGCUGUUUGUGCAGCCAAAUUCGCGACUCAAAAGUUACUAGAUACGGUGGUGGAUUUCCAGCGACAAGUAGACGCUCAAAAAAAGGUUCAGGUAUUGCUUACGAAAAUGUUACACGAAAAAGAUGAACAACUUAAAGCUGUGACUUCAAAAAUAUCGAAUAUAAACGAUAUUACUAAAGAUGUUUCAAAAACAGAAUAUCCUAUGAAGCAAUUAUUUUUUCGCAAGCUGACUAGAGAUGUGCCUUCGAAUUUGAACACCAACGCCUCCGUUUAUUCGUCUUGUUCCAGCUGUUGCAAAAGAUCGGAAAGUUCAUCAAACAAAUACGAAAAGACAAAGUUCGAUAUGGAGGACAAAAUUUGUUUAGAGACCUGCGACGAAAUGAAUCGAAUUUUAAAUGAUUUAAGCAGAAGAGCUCCACAUGAAAUCAAAUAAUCCGUCAGUAAAUAACAGUUUCAAAUUUAUUUGUAGUGUGUCAUUUAACGUUUCCUGAAUUAAAUUGACUAUUAUUAAAAUGCUUAUGAGAGU